UGUCUCGGCAGGGCCAGAACUUUUCUUUGUGCGAGCUCGUGUGUACCCGCCAGCCCAGGCUGCUCCCCCAGCCCCGGCUCCAAACGCUGCCAAGGAGUUCCACUCCCCCAUGCACACUGCUCCCCUCCCGCCCCACGGAGCUGCCGAGAGCCGUGGCUGAUGCUGGCUGAUGAGGAGAUCGGAGGGAAGGAGAAACUUUCCCAAGGGCAGAUCAUGCUGAAAAGUCCAGCUGAGGCUGAGUGCUGGGCACCGAGGAUCUGCCUUUGGGCACCGGCACCCUCCAUGCUGGACCAGCGACAGCAGCUCCACUGAUCCAGCCACAGGCUGAAAUCCAGCACUGGCCCCUGGAGGUGGGUGGCCAUGCUCCCACACUUCUGCCUUUGAGGAGCAGCGGGAUGCUGUGGGGUCUCUGUGCUGGUGCGUCCUCCCCAAACUCCUCAGCUCAGGUUCUUCCACCUCAAGCUACAGACUGAGCCCUCCUUGUCCUUCCCCAGCUGCCUGAGGAGGGAGUCCUUCUGAGGGGACAGCCCCAUCUUGUCCCGCAGUGAAAGCGCGACAGCAGUGGCCCCAAAGAUGGCCAUCAAUGGGAGCGAGAGUACAGGGUCCCGUCUGGCUGCUGAGUGAGGACGGCGUGGGACAGGAGUCACAACGCCUGGGUGGGAUUGUGCUGUCCCAGCGCGCUCCCAGUCAGACAGGCUGAGGGCACAGGAUCACUUCAGAGGGCGCGGGGCAGGAGGAGCCGUGACCUCUCCGUGUCAGAAGGAGCGACGGGUAAUUUGGGAGACAAAGCACACGAUGACGCUUCCUGGCAACUGGUCCAGGAGACCCAGGACCUGCUGACUCUGGCUUCACUGGCCUCCGGGCAGACUGGUGAGGGGCAAGAGGAUGCCAACACCUAUGCGGCAUGCCCGAGCCUGGAACUGCCCCCACUGUGGUGCACUGGCUGUGGGAGCAAGGAAAUGGAUACCUUCUGCUUCGUUUGCUUCCAGAAAGAGGAGCUACAGCCCUUGCAACUGAACAGGAUGUGGCUUCGAGCAGCUGGGACCUGGGCAUCUUUCCAGCUGGAACAGGGGAACCUGCAGCAUACGGGAGAGAAGGGAGAGUGCGACGAUGAGUGCUGGCUCGAUCGAGCAGGAGCCGUCGCGCAAGCUGGCCUGCUGCGGAGUGCCCCUGAUCACCGAGGACAUGCAAUCGCUGGCCAUCCGCACCCUCUCCGGCACCGACAUCAACAAGCACUAUGAUCUCAUCCGCGAACUCGGCAAGGGCACCUACGGCAAGGUGGACCUGGUGUCCCACAAAAGCACAGGCACCAAAAUGGCGUUGAAGUUCGUGAACAAGAGCAAGACGAAGCUGAAGAACUUCUUGCGGGAGUUCAGCAUCACCAACACGCUCUCCUCCAGCCCCUUCAUCAUCAAGGUCUUCGACGUGGUCUUUGAGACUGAGGAUUGCUACGUCUUCGCUCAGGAGUACGCGCCUGGCGGGGACCUCUUUGACAUCAUCCCUCCACAGGUGGGCCUCCCCGAGGACAUGGUGAAGCGCUGCGUGCAGCAGCUGGGCCUGGCCCUGGACUACAUGCACAGCAAGAACUUGGUGCACCGGGACAUCAAGCCGGAGAACGUGCUGCUCUUUGACCGUGACUGCCGCCGGGUGAAGCUGGCUGACUUCGGCAUGACCCGCAAGGUGGGCUGCCGGGUGAAGCGCAUCAGUGGCACCAUACCCUACACGGCGCCUGAGGUGUGCCAGGCCGGCCGGGCCGAAGGCUUCGCCGUGGACACCAGCAUUGACGUGUGGGCCUUUGGGGUGCUCAUCUUCUGCGUCCUGACUGGCAACUUCCCCUGGGAGGCAGCCUCUGCCUCGGAUACCUUCUUUGAGGAGUUUGUGCGGUGGCAGAAGGGGCGCCUGGCAGGCCUGCCAUCCCAGUGGCGGCGCUUCACAGACAGCGCCCUGCGCAUGUUCCAGCGUCUCCUGGCCCUGGACCCUGAGAAGCGCUGCCCCGUCAAGGAGGUCUUCUACUUCAUCAAGUAUGAUCUGAUGUCAGAGGUGCGCCGCCGGCCCUCCUACCGCUCCCGCAAGCAUGCCGGAGAUAAGCUCUCUGCCGGCCCCCACCGCCAUGAGACGCCCAGCUCCUGCACCCCUACCCCGCUCAAGAGAACCAUCCUGACAGAAGGCAGUGGCCCCCGGCUCUCUGCCUCCGAGCCAGGCCUGCCCUCCCCCGGGGGAGCUAGCCGGACGGACGGAAGGCAGGACAAAGGCAAAGGGCAGAUGGUCCUGGCCACAGCAAUAGAGAUUUGUGUCUGAUGAGGGCUCAGUGGGAAUGAGGGGACAGCUGGUCCUCGCGACACGGCUCUGCUCCAUACAGCCUGCAACGAUGAUGUCAGCACCCCUGCC